AGGAUCCUUCAGGCCUUUUGUGAUGCGUCUUGUUUCGGAGGUCAGUGAUGGUCGGCAUGUUUCACUGCGUCGUCCGCAGCACAUUGAAUUCAAAAUUCUCAAGAAGCCGUAGAGGCAGAGAGAUUCAAUUCAUGACCGGCAUGAACGGAGUGAACGAAGCACCCUCUAUGAGCCCAAGUCAGCAAAAGGCGAAGGAUGAGCUGAUGGGUGCCAUCAAGACCAAAGCAGCUCCGCUUGUGGAACUCCGAUCACCACCUGCUCUAGGCCGAGGAUACGGUGUGACAUUUGUUCUGAAAGCUGCCGCUGAUCAACUCGGAGUUCCUCUCCUGGGUGUUGCAACUGCACUUGAACAUCAUGAACAAAUGGAAGGACAAGCUUUGAAAGCUUUGUAUUCAGCAGCUGUCGCUUCUCUAGAGAAGUACGGUGUCGCAGUCAUUGAUGACUUGGAUUUGGCUUGCGCUCCACGCUCUGUGCGGCGUUCGCGAACGCUCAUUGGAGACAUCAAGGGUUCGGGUGACCUCUUCAACUGGGAAGUUGCGCCCACACCAGCCAGGCUGCUGAAGGCAUUGAGCGAUGCAGCAAUCUCAGCUGGUGGGGUCAUUGCGUUUUCAUCAGUAGAAGAUGCUCAUCUUGCCUUCAUCAAGGCUCCUCUGACUGUCACCCUGGGGGAGUCCAAUGCCGAAGACUAUGCGACGGUUCUCAUGGCGAUGGCAGCGCAAGUGGAUGCUGAAGCGAUUUAUGCUCUGCAUUCCCAGUUGUCUCCAGCAGAUCUCAAAGCCAGCGUAGCUCGAGUACUUUCCAAGGGUGAAAUCUCAACUGAGGCCUUGGUGGCAUCGAUUCGUGACGAAUUGGUCUCGGUCUCUGCAGUAGCUCCUGAGGAGGUGGAGCCAGUGGACUUGGCAGACUUCCCUGGACUUGAAGGCAUCAAAGAGGAGUUGGAGCGCAAUGUCUUGUUUCCCUUGGAAAAUCCAGACCAGGCCAAGAAGUUUGGCCUCACACCUAAGAGAGGGGUGCUGCUUCAUGGACAGCCCGGGACGGGAAAGACAACUGUGGGGCGCUGGCUGGCGAACCGCCUGAAGGGAAAAUUCUUCCUCGUCCGCGAAAUGAUGCUGCAGGCCGACAUCAUCAAGGUCUUUGCUGCAGCACAGGCAGCUGCUCCAGCAGUGGUCUUCAUCGACGAUGCUGACAUUGUAAUUGGCGGCUGGCGUCCCAUGGACGGGCACCGUGGCUCCGAUGUCUUCCGCUUCCUGUUGGGCCGCAUGGAUGGCUUGACCUCUCGUGGGAAACGGCAACGAGAAAAUGGUGAUGUGGUGGUGAUCUUGACGGGGCAGAACGUCUACUGGAUGGCAGACAUGCUGCUCCGAAGUGGCCGCAUCGAGCUGUGGCUGAAGACCAAGUUGCCCGAGCCUAGGCAAAAGCGAGAGAUCCUUCGAAAAUACAUCAAAGAAGAUCCUGGAGCACUUGAACUUUUGGGCAAAGAUGGUGAAGUACCAGAUGUGAAGGCUGCAGCACAAACCAGCGACAGCUUUUGCUGUGCGGAUUUACGGCGAGUUGUCAGUGAUGCCAAAAUGCUUGCUGCAUGGGAUCGCUCCACGGGAAAGGCAAAAGUGUUGGAAGGUUCAGCGUACCUGGAGAAGGCUGCUGAAGGUGUUCGCCGCAUGCAAGAUGAAGUCCACUCCAAUGCCAGAAAUCUCUAUGGCUAGGAGAUAUCUUGCUGAGCCAAGAACAAGAUAGAAUGUGAUCUUGUGUGUGUAGACGGGCUGGGGUGCAGUUGCCAGGAGCAGAUUGUUGAUACAAUUUUUCACGCUCAAUGCAACUGCUGCACAGCAGCCACUCUUCAAGAUGAAUGAUGGAACUGUCUGUAUUUCAUUGCACAGCUUUGUUCAGAAGCCACCAGCCAUGCCUAACAGAAGGUAUGCUGGUGAGGAAAGUGAGG